AAAAAAAAAAAAAAAAAAAAAAAAAAAAAAAAAAAAAAAAAAAACGAAANAAAGAGUUCCUGAAAGGAACUGGAAAAUCAAAAUCAAAUCAAUUACAGGUUUCAGAAUUAGAUCAAUCUUCUUGAAAUUUCCAAUUCUCUCUCUCACUUUCUACAACAAUACAAACAAAUGGAUUAGAAAUUGAAACUGAUGCAAUAUGUGAUUUAGAUUUUUGCAUAAGGCGAUGAUAUAGAAGAGUGGGGCAAUGUUUUCGUAGCUCUCUGUCCGUAUUAAAAUCUGGAGAUGUGCAUUCAUGUUUGAGUUCUCUGUUUCGUCUUUUACUCAUACAGAAAGGUUUCCAAGUAUUAUUCCAUCUUAUGUUCCUUCUUUCUUAAUAUCCAAUGAUCAAUUCAUUUGGAGUAAUCGUAUCAAUUACUCCUCUCUUUUCUUUUUUGUUGCUUUAAUUCUGCUCCAAGAUAUUGGGAUUCUUGCUGUUGAAGAAGAUUGAUGUUUCGGGCGUUGGGUUUCCUAAUAUAGAAGGGGUUGAUUUUAGUUUCUUUUUUCUUAAUUUAGAAGAUCGAUGCAUUACAGUUGAUUUGAUUUCACUUUGCUUGAUUUUGUGUUUUAGAUUUGUGAAUUUUCAAGCUUAGAUUUAACUCCUCCCAUGACUUCGUGGGUUUGUUAGUUGAAUCUUGAUUCUUUUCAAUCUAAAUUUUGACUUCAGAUUUUAUUUAGGGUUUAGGGUUUAUUUUCAAUCCCUAAACCCUAAACUCAACUUUUAUUCUUCACUGAUCUCUAAAUAUAUUGAUUAAUUAACGACCGGAAGCUUCAUUUCAGUAACUGUUUUUUUUUUUUUUUUUUUUUUUUUUUCCAUUUUUAUCAUCUAAUCAAAUUUAUGUACGAUCUUAUGUUUGUAUGGGCCAACGCAGUGUUCUCGGCCCAUUAACAGUGAGGAUAGGCCCAAGCGAUUAUGGAAGUAAAAGAAGAUAUUGAAACCGUCAAAAUAGAAAAGCUUAGUUCAGUUAGUUCUAGAAUUAGAAUGAGAUUUAAAUCUAAAUUCUAAUUUUAAUUCGUCUUUUCAAUUUACAAAACGACCCCUCAAUUGUGGAUUAAUUUAAUUGGGGCAUUUGAAGGGGGAAAAAUAAAUAAUUAAAAGUGUUGGUUGAUGAUGAGUUGAUGGCAUUUUUGCAAAGUGAGCAGCAGAAAUGGCGUCUCCUCCGUUGGUUUAAAUACCUCCUCCUUCCUCCUUUCUCCUUCCAUUUUCUCUCAAUUCUCUGCAAAGAUCCCCUAAUUCUUUCUGGGUUUUGUUUCGUUUUGUGUUUACAACUCUCAAGAACUUCAUAAACGGAAAAGAAGAAGACAAGAACAAGAACAAGAACCAGAGCUUCAUUUCCAUGUCUUCUGAUCUGUUCGUUCAUGGCGAUUCUUCUUCUUCUCCUUCUUCUUCUUCUUCUUCUCUGUUUCGCUGUUCCGCCUCUGAUUUAGUCUUCCCAUCUGAUGCAGACUUCCAAUUCUUAAUCGGAUCUUGUUCCCCUAAUUUCUCCGAUCACGGCAUUGAUCUUCACUUUUAUUACCCACAUCAAAACCCACUCCCCGCCGAUGAAUCCAAUUCCAAUUCAAAUUCAAACUCCAAUUCCGUCGAUCAACUCAUUCCGAUCCCGGAGUUAGCUCUCAUCCCAGAUUCCUGUUCUUCCCCAAAUGGGUUUCAAAAUCUCUCAAAUUUCGAUGUAAAAAACGAAGAAUCCCAUCUGGGUUUCAACCAACCCCCACUCUGUUUCGACCCAUCUGAUCAUAACAAUAAUAAUGCCGCCACCGUCGGCAAAUCCCUGCUCCACAGAAGUCGCGUGGAGUCUCUUAUAAUGGAAUCCGUGUCACCAAAUUUCCCCAAUCAGUCCCUCCCCUGCUCUGAAUCAGAGUUUUUCUCCUCCCAAAUCCGUCGGGUUUUCAGCACCGGCGAUUUACAGAAUUCGAGCAUGGGACGGUCGAGGCCAGGGUGCGGGCAAGGGUCGUUCUCGAGUCCAUUAUUGGAGAACGGAAGCUUGGAAGAGGGGAACUUCAAAGUGGGACGGUACAGUGCAGAGGAGAGAAAAGAGAGGAUUUCGAAAUACAGAGCAAAACGAAGGCAGAGGAAUUUCAACAAGACGAUCAAGUAUGCUUGCCGGAAAACGCUCGCCGACAACCGCCCCAGAAUACGUGGCAGAUUUGCACGCAAUGACGAACCUGGAGACAGCUCCAAACCUUCUUCUUCAACCAGAGAAGAAGACGAAGAUGAUUUCUGGCAGAUGGGACGGUUGCAUGCAGGGGAAGAAGAAAGAACACAAUAUAAAGAAAUGUACGGACAAGUGCAGUUUCAGUAUUGUGAGUUUUGA